CUUGCAACUUCAACCGCGUACUUUUUGUUGACUUGCCGAAAUUUGUUUACUUUCACAGAAACGUGCUCUGAUCCAAUAAAAAGGUAUAAAAUGAGCGUAAAAAAGAAACAACUUCGUAAGGAAACAAAAUUUAAAAAACGUGACAAAUCAAAAUCUAAUGUUAAGCAAAAGAAUAAGGCAAACUUCAAGAAGAAAAGUUUUUCUAAACAGAAAAAAUCAAAUUUCAAAUCCAAUCAUGAACAGAAAAACAGACAAAGCGAAGAAGAAACUGAAGUUGUUUCGUCUGAAUGUAGUGAUAUUGAAGAAAAUUAUGAGAAGCAACCACGUAUUCGAAAAAGUACUAAAGUCCGAAAUUUGCUUCCCAUUAAAAACAAACAAGGGCUGAUGUUUAGAUCGGAAAUUUUACCUGAUUCUGAGGACGAGUCUCCUGAAAUUAAAACCGUCAAAAACAUUAAAUCUGAAAAUUUGAUCGAGACCUAUGCUCAUCAGAAGAAGCAACUGCAAGAACUGAAACGAAAGGUGGCUCUAAUUUGUACGUCUUUAAUUGAGGACCCAGAUAAUAAUAUGUUGGCUCUUAAGGAACUCAUUUCCAUGCUCCAAAAUCCAACCACUAAGAUGAUUGUAAGCGAAAAGAAAAUAUUGUGCCUCUCUCUGUUGCAUGUGUUUUCUGAUAUUCUACCAGGCUAUAAAAUCAGGCUACAAGAAGAAACUGAUUCGAAGGUUAAACUGAAGAAGGAGACGAAAAAAUUGCUGGGAUACGAACAAACCCUGUUAAAGUGUUACAAGAAGUAUUUAGAUUUACUGUAUGAGCUUAUUCGGGAUAUGAGAUCUACUCAAAUGUCGUCUGCCUCUUUAACCUUUAAAAAAGUUGCUAUCGAAAUCGGAUUGGUUGCGUUGAAAUGUAAGUGUGAGUUGCUGAAGACUCGUUUCAGCUUUAAUUUCUUCAGAGAUAUUAUUAAUAAGUUAGUGCCAUUAGCUAUUGACGGUGAGGAAGAAGUUACUGAGUUGUGCUGUGAUGCCUUUCAAAAAAUGUUUAAGGCUGAUAAAUUAGGGGAAGCUUCUGAAGAAUUAGUGAAGCAAAUAGUGAGUGUUAUAAAACAGCGAAAGUUUAGAAUUCCUCCUGCUUUGCUGAGAUCAUUUCUGAGUUUGAAUCUUCGUGAGGCCAAGCCGGAAAUUGAAAAGAUUGACAUGAAUAAAGGCAGAAAGGAAUGGCAAAGAAUGUCUCGCACGCAGCGUAGAGAUAAAAAGAAGAUGAAAGAAUUGGAAGCAGAGUUGAAAGAAACUCAAGCCUAUGAAAGUGUUGAAACUGUCAGGAAACACCACACUAAAACGCUAAACAAAAUAUUUUGGGUGUUUUUCCACAUUCUGAAAGACGGCGAUAAGAUGAUUCUUAUUGCUCCUGCAUUAGAAGGUCUUUCAAAAUUCGCUCAUUUAAUAAAUUUAGAAUUUUUCGAUGACCUGAAUGCUGUGUUAUGUGGUAUGAUGGAAUCAGGUAAACUGAAUGAUGUUGAGAAAUUGCACGGCGUUUACACUUUAUUUACAAUUCUGGCAGGACAAGCUGAAUCAUUGCACAUAGAUCCCCAUAAAAUAUAUUGCCAUAUGUAUCAAGGACUAUGGAAUUUAAGUCAUUCAACGGAUAUAGAGCAUCUUGAUUUAACUCUGAAGUGCUUAGAGUUUAACAUAUUAAGAAAAAAGAAAAGAAUAUCUUCUAAUAGGAUGUUAGCCUUCAUAAAACGAGUUUGUACUGUGAGUUUACAGACUCCCGUGCAUGGUACCUUGGGAUUACUGAGUUCAUUGCGAAACCUUAUUUUAAAUGUUAAGGGAUCUGACAUAUUACUUGACUCUGAAAGUUCUAUUGGUAGUGGAAUAUAUUUGCCAGAAAUUGAAGAUCCUGAACAUUGUAAUCCUCACUCGACUGCUCUGUGGGAACUUCAUAUACUUCGUAAGCAUUAUAAUCCAGCGGUUAAAUUAUACGCUCAACACAUACUGUCUGGUUGUGAAAACAAAGGUCGAUUGUCGCUACCCGACAAGUUAAUUAAUUCAACCCCGGAAGAAGUAUUACACCUGUUUGCAGAAGUAGCUGUAAUGAAUAAAAUUGACUAUAUGGAAGAGAAUGAAGAACCUCCGAAGAAGAAAAUUAAACAUUUAGAUAUAUUUACCAAUGAAAGCUUUGAAAAUGAAGUUGAUUUGGAAUUACAUCCAGUUGACUUACAGAAUGUUGUAUUCAAUUUAUAACUAUUUAAAUGUUAUGUUUUAUAAAGAAAAUAUUUGAAUGUUGAGCUGUAAGAAAACAGUAAAAGUGAUUUUUAUAAAACUGAAACAGAGAUUUAUUUUGUUCAAUA